CCAAAUAUGAAACUAAUAGGAUCACUAUCAAGUGUAUCAGCAUCUCCAGUACCUGAAGAUCUAGAAAACUUUAUGGAGAGUUCGAGAGAACGCGGCGUAGUUCUUGUAUCAAUGGGAACAAUCUUUGAAUUUCCUGAAAGCAGCAUACCGACUCUAUUAGCUGAAAAUGCUAUCCGAAUAUCUAAGAGGAUGCAAUCACGACCCAAACCUCCAAGUGAAGCUUUAGUACAGUGGAUUGAAUAUGUCACUCAUAACGAUGUUAGCCAUUUAAAGCCUGAAGGACUUGAUAUGCCUUGGUAUCAAUAUUACCUUGUAGACGUCAUAGUAUCUUCAGUGUUUUGUAUAUACAGUAUAUUUAAAAUAUCUGCAUGCUUAAAAGAACUCGUAAUGUUUAACGUUAUGAACUAUUUAGCAUACUCUAUUAAACAAGAAUUCAACAUUAGACCCGAUUUAGGAUUUUAUGAAUUAAUGUUAUCGCCAGAAAUGACUUUAGUAGCCGGAGAUUUCGCUGUAGAUUAUGCACGACCUAUACCGCCAAAUAUGAAACUAAUAGGACCACUAUCAUGUGCACCAGCAUCUCCAUUACCUGAAGAUCUAGAAAACUUUAUGGAGAGUUCGGGAGAACACGGUGUAGUUCUUGUGUCUAUGGGAACAAUUUUUGAAUUUCCUGAAAGUCUGAUACCGACAUUAGUAGCUGGCUUUAAAAGACUUGAACAGAAAAUUCUAUGGAAAACUAAAUUAAACGUUAAGAAUCCUCCAGAUAACGUCAAAAUAGUAAGAUGGAUGCCACAAAAUGAUAUUUUGGGUCAUCCAAAAUUAAGAGUAUUUAUUACUCACGGUGGAUCAAAGAGUAUUUACGAAGCUUCUUAUCACGGUGUUCCAUUAAUUGGUAUACCGAUACAAGCCGAACAGCAAUUAAAUAUAGGCAAGGCAAAAGCUGCAGGAGUAGCUAUUGGCUUGGAAAGAAAUGAUCUUACACCUGAUAUUAUCGUUGAGUCAGUAACAGAAAUUACUACUAAUCCAUGGUACAAAGGAAACAUGUCUCGAAUAUCAAAAAGUAUACAAUCGCGACCCAUAUCACCAAGAGAAGCAUUAGUGCAGUGGGUCGAAUAUAUC